UAAUCCAACUUGCACAGCCCACCGUUUUGCGUACUCUUGUGAGUGCAAGUCUCCUCUUUCUCUCUCAUCCAAGUGCAGGAAAUGCACUCCCAAGAAAGACUGGAGGUUUUGUUGUGGAAACCAGAGGCUGCACCAAAACCAAAUGUAUCGUUACGAAAUAAUCGUCAGGACGAAGAUGCCGGAGCAGCUUUUGUAUUGGAGUCUAAAGGAAAAUGGUGGCAUGCGGGGUUUCAUUUGACGACGGCGAUAGUGGGGCCCUCAAUACUGAGCUUGCCGUAUGCAUUCCGGGGAUUGGGAUGGGGACUAGGGUUCUUUUGCUUAACGGUGAUGGGAGUUGUGACUUUUUACUCCUACUAUCUAAUGUCAUUGGUGCUUGACCAUUGUGAGAAGGCUGGGCGCCGCCACAUACGAUUCCGGGAACUUGCUGCCGAUGUAUUGGGGUCUGGCUGGAUGUUCUAUUUUGUGAUAUUCAUUCAGACAGCAAUCAACACGGGUAUCAGCAUAGGAGCUAUUCUGCUUGCAGGAGAAUGCCUCCAGAUUAUGUAUUCGAACCUUUCUCCAAGUGGUUCACUGAAAUUGUAUCACUUCAUAGCAAUGGUGACUGCAGUUAUGAUAGCUCUCUCUCAGUUUCCAACUUUCCAUUCCCUCCGGCACAUUAACCUCGUGUCUCUUCUUCUCAGUUUGGGUUAUACAUUCCUUGUGGUUGGUGCUUGUAUUCGUGCGGGUACCUCUGAAAAUGCACCUCCAAGGGACUAUUCUUUAGAGUCUUCGGAAUCAACAAGGGUGUUCAAUGCGUUUACUUCCAUAUCCAUAAUAGCUGCCAUUUUCGGGAAUGGGAUUCUACCCGAAAUACAAGCAACUCUUGCUCCACCAGCUACCGGGAAGAUGGUGAAAGGAUUAUCGAUGUGUUACACAGUAAUUUUCUUCACGUUCUACUCUGCUGCAGUUUCUGGAUACUGGGUUUUUGGGAAUAAAUCUAAUUCAAUUAUACUCAAAAGCUUAAUGCCUGACGAGGGACCUUCCUUGGCUCCUGUACCUGUUUUAGGUCUCGCUGUUAUAUUCGUUCUCCUCCAACUUUUGGCCAUUGGCCUGAUUUAUUCUCAAGUAGCUUAUGAGAUAAUGGAAAAGAAAUCGGCUGAUGUGAACCAGGGGAUUUUCUCGAAAAGAAACCUGAUCCCGAGGAUUAUCCUUCGCUCAUUAUACGUGUUAUUCUGUGGAUUUUUCGCAGCGAUGCUGCCUUUCUUUGGUGACAUCAAUGGGGUCGUGGGAGCUGUUGGAUUCAUCCCUCUCGACUUUAUUCUCCCAAUGCUUCUCUAUAACAUGACUUACAAACCAUCAAAAUCAUCCAUCAGAUAUUGGAUCAACACCUCUAUUAUGAUAGUCUUUACUGGAGCUGGAUUAAUGGGAGCCUUUUCUUCCACAAGGAAACUGGUUCUUGAUGCUAAAGAGUUCAAACUUUUUAGCAGUGAUGUUGUUGAUUGAUUUACACUUGGAGCAUAUUUUUACACAUAGUUUAUGAUUUUAAGCGGUCAGGGAGGAGACAAGCGUUUUCUCGCAUGCAUGCUAGAUCCAAGUUUUCAUUCACAUGUACAACUUUCAUAAAUGAGCUAACGUUGGAUGAGACAAAUGCUCUAGAAAGAGUAACAUUUCAUGUAUAUGUUAACAGUGUUGUGUCAAAAUAGGAAGCACAAAUCUUUUUCCACUACCAAAUAUAUAGUUCAAAUUUA